GCAGUUUACACGUGCGCCAUGAUAAACAAAACAAGAAAUAGUGCGCAGGUGUGAAAAAAUUGAUUUUUCUCUGAGGAAAAAUCGAUUUUGCUGGAUUUAGUGACAGUGGAUUUGUGAUUCUUGGUGGAAAUUUGUGUCUGUGCAAGUUGAGGGUGAGAAAAAGUGAUAAGGGAGUGUUUGUCAGUUGCUGGAAUUGUGUGAAAAAUCAUCCAUCGUGGCGGACAGCAUCAAGACGCAGAGCAAAAUACACCCAAGUCCAGGGGCAGCCCGCAAUGUGUGGGCUCUGCCCCUGACAGCUUGUGGGAUGGUGACUGAGGAGAAUAGGGAUGCAACCACCACGCCUACCAAUGACAAAGACAACAAUAUCCUGGAGGAAGCAUCAAGUACGGAAGAUAUCUUCGAUGUGAUCAAGAAUGGAGAAGUGGCAGAUGUGGAGAAUCUGGUGGAGAAAUUGGGAGCAGAAACCCUCUCGGCCAGAGAUAAGCAUGGCUAUACUCCAGCUCAUUGGGUGGCUCUCGAUGGGAAUGCCGAAAUGAUGAGGUAUUUGGUGGAGAGAAAUGCUCCAGUGGAUCUUCCUUGUCUGGGAACUCAGGGUCCACGGCCAAUCCACUGGGCAUGUCGCAAGGGUCACACAGCUGUUGUGCAGGUGCUUUUGCUGGCUGGUGUGGCAGUCAAUGCUGCAGAUUUCAAAGGUCUCACUCCCCUCAUGACAGCCUGCAUGUACGGCAGAACGGCCACUGCAGCCUUCCUCCUCGGAAUGGGUGCCCAAAAUCAUCUGACGGACAUCAAUGGGGACACAGCUCUCCACUGGGCAGCCUACAAGGGCCACGCUGAACUCAUUCGCUUGCUAACGUACUCCGGAGUUGAUCUCCAGAAGACAGAUAAUUUUGGCUCAACUCCACUGCAUUUGGCCUGUUUGUCCGGGAAUCUGCUGUGCGUAAGGCUGCUCAGUGAGAAGAGCAAUCUGGAUCUGGAGCCUAAGGAUAAAAAUGGCAAGACUCCGCUGAUGCUGGCUCAGAGUCAUCAACACAGUGAUGUUGUGAAGUUGCUGAAUAAUGAAAUUAAGAAAAAAUCCCGCUGGUUUCCGCCCAUUUCUGAACUCUGGGGACUCCUUUUUGGCGGUGCUGGAAAUUCCAAGGGACCCCUGUUGCUCUUUGUCUGCUCAGUGCUACUCUGGGGGUAUCCCAUGUACAUGAUAAGGGUCAUUCCAAUAACGUGGAACAUUCUGAGACGAUCUCAUUACUGUUUCAUCUAUUGGAAUGCUAUCAUGUGGAUUAGCUGGAUCAUUGCUAAUCGACGCGAUCCGGGAUACAUUCCCCUGAAUGCCGACUCGUACUAUCGGGCCAUUAAGCAGAUACCGUACUUUGACAAAUGGAAGAAGCGCAAUGUCUUCCUCUCGCGUCUCUGCCACAGCUGCCGAUGCCUGCGUCCACUGCGAGCUAAGCACUGCAGAAUCUGCAAUCGCUGUGUCUCCUACUUCGAUCACCAUUGCCCCUUCAUCUACAACUGCGUUGGACUGCGCAAUCGCAUGUGGUUCUUCCUGUUUGUCCUCAGUGUCGCCAUCAACUGCAGCUUUACCAUCUACUUCGCCUGCUACUGCGUCAUGAUCGAAGGAUUCACACUGCUAUACGUCCUGGGUCUCAUGGAAGCCUUCCUGUUCUGUGGUCUCGGCUGGAUUCUCACCUGCACGUCCAUCCUGCACGCCUGCAUGAAUCUCACGACAAACGAAAUGUUCAACUACAAGAGGUAUCCGUAUUUGAGGGACAAGCGCGGUAAGUACCAAAAUCCUUUCUCACGUGGCCCAGUACUCAAUCUCUUUGAGUUCUUUGUCUGUCUACCGGAUCGAAUUGAUGAGAGCGAAAUCAACGUUGAUGAUAAUCUCUGAUAACAGGAACUUAAGAAAAUCAGUGCUAAUCAAUAGAUAAAACUAAUCAAAAAUCGCUUAGAUAGGCACAUUUUUUUCAUAAAAUAAAUGAUUAGAAAAAAGAACCAAAACACAAAUUUUGAUUUCAGUCACAAAUCUUUGCAUUUUUUAGAAUUUUGACACUUAUUAUUCUUAAAAUGGUAACAUUUUUCCUAGCAAGAUUAUAUAUUACAGAUUUGGAAAAGAAUAAUUCAGAUCCAGAAGAUAUUUGGAUUAAUGACUUAUCAUUGGAAUCGGAUUGGUUUGUUAUCAUUUUUAGAAUAUAGGAGAAUCAGCAAAAUCGGCAGAAUUUUGAGAAAAAGUUAAUAAAAAAUCCAAAUUUGGUCAUUAAAAAAUCAAUUUUUAUUAGCAAACAGAUCAUAUUUGAUCAGAAAAAAUGCGUCAGUAAAAACUCAAUUUUGAUCACAAUCCUCCUUGUUCAGUAAAAAAUCAUCUUUGAUCAGUAAAAAAAAACAAUGUUGAUCAGUAAAAGGAUCAUCUGUGGUCAGUAGAAAAAACAAUUUUGAUCAGUAAAAACCCAUUUUUGGUCAGUAAAAAAUCAAUUUUGAUCAGUAAAAGAUCAUCCUUGUUCAGUAAAAAAAAUCUUUGAUCAGUAAAAAAAAACAAUUUUGAUCAGUAAAAAGAUCAUCUUUGAUCAGUGAAAAUCAAUUUUGAUUUUUCUGUGGUCAGUAGAAAAAUCAAUUUUCAUCAGUAAAAACCCAUUUUUAGUCAGUAAAAAUUAAAUUUUGAUCAGUAAAAAAUUCUCCUUGUUCAGUAAAAGAAUUUUUGAUCAGUAAAAAAAAAAACUUUUGAUCAGUAAAAUGAUCAUCUUUGAUCAGUAAAAAAAUCAAUUUUGAUCAGUAAAAAGAUCAUCUGUGCUCGGUAGAAAAAUCAAUUUUGAUCAUUUGAUCAGUAAAAAAUCCUCCUUGUUUAGUAAAAAAUCUUUGAUCAGUAAAAAAAAACAAUUUUGAUCAGUAAAAAGAUCUGUGGUCAGUAGAAAAAAUAAUUUUGAUCAAUAAAAAAACCAUUUUUGGUUAGUAGAAAAAUAAAUUUUGAUCAUUAAAAUAUCCUCAUUGAUCAGUAAAAAAAGAUAGAAAAUAUAAACGUAAAAAAAGAUCAAAGGUCAGUAGAAAAAUCAAUUUUUAUCAGUUAAAAAAAGAUUAUCUGUGGUUAGUAGAAAAAUCAAUUUUGUUCAGUAAAAAAACGAGGAUUUUUUACUGAACAAAAUUCAAUUGAACAAGACUGAAUCAAAAAUCAUUUUUGAUCAGUAAAAAAGAUCAUUUUUGAUCAAUGAAAAAAAUCAAUUUUGACCAGUAAAAAAUCCUUGAUCAGCAAAAAAUCGUCUUUGAUCAGUAAAAAAAUCAAUUUUGAGCAUCAGUAAAAAGAUUGCGGAAACUGGUCUCUCUUGGAGUUCGAGCAGUUAAAAAGUAUUGAUCAGUAGAAAAAUCAAUUUGACCAAAGGUAAAUUUAGAAACUUUGAAGCACUAAAAUCGUCAAAUAAGUUUUGAUAAAGAAAAAAUAAAAUGUAUUUUGUUUUUUCCAGUUUUUCCGUAAUAUCAUGACUUUUUCUUGGGAACAGAGUAAAAAAUGGAAUAUAUUUCCAAAGUUCUCCCAGAUUUUAUUCAAUUACUGUUCAACAGUGAUUUUUUUUACUAACCUAAAACUGUUGCAAGCUGUUCAAAAUUAGUUUUUUAUGGCUCCGAUAUAACUUUUAGAUCUGGAAAAUUUCAUGAAGACGAAAAUGUUGUCCCUUUCUUUUUCACGCAUUUGGCAUAUGCCUAUCUCACUCUUUGGUACUUUUCAUCUUUUUUAAAACAUCACAACAAAUUCAAUUUAGUUUUAUUGAAUUUGGAGUACGAAGGAACGGGAUAGAUAAAUGCAAAACGUGUAAGAAAGGGAUGUGAAUUCUGAUUUCAGGAAACUUUCCUGAUCUAAAAAGUGUGCCGGAGCCUUUAUUAAUCAAAAUAGAUUUUUUACUGACCAAAUUUGAAUUUUUACUUAUCGAGUUCACCAUUCCUCUGACAAUUUCAACCUUUUUGUUGUCAAAAUUCUAUUUUUAUUGAUGGAAAUUGCAAUUGAACUGACUAUCCAAAGAUUCUUGCUGAUCAAAUAUCUUUUUUUUUGACCCAGAAUUUUUAACUUACCUAUUUUUUUUCGUUUACUGAACCAAGCGAAUUUAUUACUGUCCAAUUUUAUCAAAUUACCGAUCUCAAAUAUUAUUGCCACAUUUUAAUUUUUUUCUGAAAUGCAAUGUAAUGAUUCAAGGAUUCCAUUCAAAGUACAGUUGAUUAAGUUUAUUGGAAAUACAAAAUUCUCCACAAAUCUUAGAUUACUAAAUUCUGCCAAUUGACAGAAAAACGACGCAAUGCCAAGAUUGGUGUAGGAAUAAAAUUUUUUUUUGGAUUUAAAAAGAAAAAUUAUUUACACAAAGUGCUUUAAAUUUUAUGUAACAUUUUAAGAGAAUAUAAAUAUGAAGAAAUUCUAUGUGAAAGCUUAGAUUAAAAAAAACAAUUGCUUUAAAGAUUUUUAGAAUAACUUUUAAUUAUAAAAAAAUGUAAACCUCUUAAUUCUGAGAUCAUUAAGCUCUUUUAAUGUCUAAAACGGUCUUCAAAAGUCGGAUUUAUUUUAAGGAGUCUACACAUUGCGAGCAAUUUUCGUCAAAAAUUACUUUUUUGAAGGAAUUUGUGAAAUUGUGAAGAAACAAAUGUUCCCAAUGUGCAGAGGCGGCCUUUAAAUUAAAGUCUAACUUAUAUCGCAGCAAAUGUUCACAAUAAAUCAGCUGACAUUUUAAUUGUCAAAAUCCGACCGCCCUAAAAAUAAAAUAGAAGAAGGAGAAGAAAUUUCUAGCUAGAGUAUAGAAAGCGUUGUUAAGUUUUCAAUAAAAACAGAAUAUUUUUAUUUGUGGAACUAAUGGUUCUAAUGGCUUCUAAAAUCUAAACUAUAAAAAUUUCGUGAAAUUAAAAUUCAUAGUCUUUUCUAUCUCAAACGUUUUGCAUACGUUCAUCUCACUCUUUCCCACUCAAAAUUAGAUUGGACUAGAUUAAAUGUGGCAUGAUGUUCAAAAAACGAAGAAGAAGCCUGCGAAAGAGUGAGGUAGACUUAUGCAAAACAAUCGAGAAGGAAAGAGAUGUGAAUUUCGAUUUCAUAAAAUUCUUUUAAUCUAAAAGAAGAAGAGUGCAAAAGAAUGAGAUAGACAUAUGCAAAACGUGUGAGCAAGAAAGGAAUUCGAAUUUCGACUUCAUGAAAUUUUCCUUAUCUAAAAGAUGUGCCGCAGCCAUAAUGACUUCUUCGGCACGCUUUUUAAAUCAAGAAAAUGUCAAUUCUUCUUCUUCUUUUUAACAUCACACCAAAUUAAAUUUAGUUCAGUCCAAUUUGGAAGCGAAAGAACAGGAUAGACAUAUGCAAAGCUUUUGAGAAAGAAAGAAAUGUGAAUUUUGAUUUCUUGGAUUUUAGGGUAAGUGUGCCAAAUUUCGGAAUAGUUGCAUGCAAGCGUCAAAGUCUUACUGUGUUAUCACACUUGCACAUUAAAAUUUUAAUAUGAUUCACAUUAAUUGUCGCUGGUGAGAGUCCAAAUGUGUAAUUUGUGUGUUUGAAUCAUUUUAUAUUCAAAAUUUGAUCUAUUUGUUGAUAAAAAGGUGGACUUGGCCCGCAAAAUUUGAUAUAAAUUGAUUUAUAGCAUUAAUGCGAAAAAUUAAUGCGAUUUUCUCUUUAAUUUUUUAAUGUGAAAAGUAUUUAUGCUUUAGUUAAAUUUAAACUUAUUUUUGCAGACCAAGUCCACUUCUUUAUCAAUAAAUAGAAAAACCCUAAAUAAUAAGUGACUCAAAGGCACAAAUAACAUAUUUGGACGCUCACAAGCGACAAUUAAUGUGAAUCACAUUAAAAUUUUAAUGUGCAAGUGUGAUAACGCUGUUAAGUUUGAAAUGUAAUAUUUUAAAUUCAAAUUGAUUUUUUAUUCUUUCUCCUGAAAGAGUGUUUGGAAUCUUGUAAGGAGUUUACCGUCUUUAUUUACUCUAAAAUCAUUCUUAAUACAUUUUAAAAUGAAUAAAAAUAUAGACAUAUCUUUGGUACCCUAUUUCGGCCACCUUCAUUCUCAUAGUUCCUUGCCCUUCGGGAAUUCUUCAAAUGUCUUUUCCACGUCAUCUCGUUUGUCGAAGCUACAUUUUUUGUUAUUCUUUUGCAUUGUAUAAUCUCUAGAGUACGUAAAAUCUAAAAGUUCAUGGACAUUCGAGGAACAAAAAAGGUGGCCGAAAUUGCAAGCUGGCCGGAAUUUGGAACACUUAUCCUACCUGAUCUAAAAGAUGUGGCGGAGCCAUUAAGCUUUGUUUAUCUCAGAAUGAAGGGUCUCCUUUCGGAUAAGUUCUUACCUAUAUGAAGCAUAAACUCGACACAAAUGAUCCGUGAUAUUAAGCAGCAAAAAUUCUGUUGCAGCGCCACAGGCGACGAUCGUAUCAACUUUAAAUGAUCUAAAAACUUGUAGCACAUGAAAUUUUCUGUCCAAUGCAUCAAAGAUGAACAAAAUAGAGUCGAUAAAUACCAAAGACAGCAAGCUUUAAACCAUUUCUCAGUGCUGUACACAUUCCUUUAAAUUUAAUUACCACAUAAAAUUGAUUUUUAUGACAAUUGUUAUUAUUAAAAAUAUCUAUAAUAAAUGUUUUCACGCAAAA